ACUGAAGCAUAUUCUUAAACGGUUCGGCGGCCAAACGCACACAUUUGACAAAGCUUUCCUAGUUGUGGGCCUCUCUCCGGGUAGUUUUAUAACCCCGUUGGUAGUUCGACCGGCUUUUGGACCAUGAACGUCAAAACCAUUCAUGAGAGAGCGAUUAGUCUCCCUCUUGGCCUUUGGAAGUUGUUAAUGUGUGAGGCGGAAGAAAGCGUCUGAGAAUACCGAACUAGGUGUUGCCCAGGCCAUGGAAGGGUUCGUCUCAGUUCUUGAGAUGGAUACAAAUAUUUGAUUUUUAUUUGAGAAGGGAUAUACUCCGUCAGACAUACAGUUUGAUGUAAAUAACGCGUGAAAAUAUAUAUAUACAUACUUGUUUGCAGUGUGUUCCUCUUUUUGUAAAUGUUGUCCUUACAUCUUUGUGUGGAAGCAUAUCCAGCGUGACACGCAAUAGGUCUAAUUCUGGAUUAUUUCGAGUCCCUGUUUUCAUCCGUGUGUGUUCCAGGGGCGUCGCGUAAUGUUACGGAUUGUAUAGGAGAGAGAUUCUUACGAUAACAUAAUUACAUCUCACUUUGUUAAUGUUAUUAUUAGUGACAGCGAACCACCUCGAGGGCUGCAACGCAAUACUUGAGUCGCAGCAGCAAGCCCUCGUUUUCUCUGCCACUCCGUACACAGAGAAAACGUUCGAUUGGGGACUAAAGUAAUUCUUGAUACAGUUUGGCAUCGGGGACCACGGAGGUCAUUCUAUGUCACAGGCAGUAUGAGUCGUCUUGUCGGGGGGAGUGACCUUACCAGCCCCCCAGGGUGCCUGCAGGGUGCAGGCUGGCAGGUGGUCGUCCACCUGCGCACCAGCCCAUCAUAGGCGGCGAGGCCCAGUAAAAAUAUCGCUGCUUGGCACGGCGACAGCUGAAGGCCCGGGGGGGCGGCCAGGGCGGGGCGCCGGUGCCAGGGCAUCAAGGUCAUGCCAGUGUGUCCUGGGCUGCCUGGGCGCGGUGUCGUGCCCGCCUCUGUCCUUCGUCGGUGCCGUGCCUCUCGAGCCCUCCGGUGGGCAGCCCCUCGGUGCUGUGCCGUGACCGUCGUCUGCCCUCUGUGCCGCUUUUUACCCCUCUCUGACCCGUGCCGUGCGCGACGUGUGGUCUGACGUGAAACCCGGGCCCCGCGGCGGGCGGGAUGGCGGGGCGGGGCAGGCGGGGCAGCAGGUAAUGCAUCGCAGCCCCAGCGUGGUGCGGGCUGCCGGCCCGCCACUGAACCAUGCCCAGCUGUUUGACCAGCUGAACGUGAUCCUCGACCCCAUCCUGCCCCGCUCCUGCCCCGGGGCAACCACCAGUUCGCCGAACACGCUCCCCCAGGGCCCUGCGCAGCCCCACUCGUGGUCCAGCGGGGACACCCUCAUGCCGCCCACGCUGGACCACAACACUCGCCGCCAGCUGGACGAGUUUGACGAAGUGAUCAGCCGGAUGGAAAACAUGACCGCCCCCUCCCCCCCGGAGCAGCUUGGCCCUCCCCCUUAUCCCGGCCCCCGCCACAACCUGACCUACCAAAAUCACUACCACCACCAGCACCAACCACAACCACCACCACAACACUUCCACCCACCACAGUACCAUGACAUGCAGCAGCUGGAUGGACACAGCCAUCAACACAACCACUCCCAACAACAACAGCAGCUGCAACAACAACAACAACAACAACAACAACAACAACAACAUUACCAACAACAGCAUCAACAACAACAACAACAACAACAACAACAACAACAUCAGCAACAACAACCGCCCCCUGUAUCAAUACACCACAACAACCAACACCAGCACCCUUACCACGACCCUCACCACCUCCAUCACCACCACAACCACCAGCCUCCUGCACCAAUGCCUCAGCAGCAGCAGCAGCAGCAGGUGAACCCAGAGCCAAUGAGCAUCGGCUGCGAGCCUUACGUCUCACAUUUCCCCUCCCCGCGCCCCUCCCCUCACCACUCACCCCACACCUCCCCGCCCACGGCCACCAACACCCCGCCAAGCUUGUCACGCCCGCACACUCCCCCGUCUCGGCGCUCCUCAGGGGAACCCGCGCCCACGCCCACGCCCCAGGUGAAGAUCGAAGUGACGGGCCCCCACGAAGAGGACGGCGGGGGCGUGUCGGGGUCCGGGGGGAGGGUGCUGGGCCUUCCUCCCCUGGCCCCGCCGCCCAGCGUCAAGGCCCUGCCCUCGACCUCCCGGACGCAGCUCAAGCAGCAGCUGAUGCGUCAGCAGCUGCAGCAGCAGCAGGAAGCCAAGGACCGGGAUGCCGCAGCACGUGCCCAACAGUCGCGGCAGGGCGUGCAGCACCAGCAUCAGCAACACGUGCAGCACCAGCACCAGCACCAGCAGCAACAACAGCAACACCAACAGCAACAACAACAACAGCAGGCCAUCGCCAUCCCCACGUCCUCCUCCCCUGAUGUGCCGCCACAAGUCCUGCAGGUACAGACGCGACUUGAGAACCCAACCUACUACCACGUGCUGCAGGCCCAGAGGCGGCAGAUGGAACAAUACCUGUCCGGCACCACCCCGCCACCCUCCUCCUCCGACCCGCGCCACGCCCCGCCGCCCCCCGCCUGGCCCCACUCCGACCCCGGCAUCGUCCAGCCCACGCCCCCCCGCUACGCUACGAACGGGGGAGUCAACGGGGGCGUGGCCAUGUCCGCCCCAAGGGUUCUGGGUGGAGGGGGGAGGGGGCCCGUCUCCCCCGCCCAGCCCCCCUCCACCGCCCCCCCUUCCGUGACCUCCCUCUCCGACGCCUCCGAGCAGCGCAUCGGAUCCUGCUUCAGUUCUCCGAGGGUUCGAACGGACGCGAUGUGGAUAACCGGCUCAGAGCUGGGUGCCAGACUACUGCGGGACUCAGCCAUAUCACGACACCUUUCACCACGGCUUCCCAUCCGGCCCUCAACGCCGUUCGGGGUUGCUGCUUGCCCGAGCCCUGCUAGUCUGAUGACCCCGUCGUCGAUCUUCUACUGGGACGUCACGCCCCCACCACGCAGCCGAUCCACCACUUAGAUUGUGGCUCCUGGGACUUUCUAUUCGGGACUUAUCUCUGACGCCUGGAUUGUAACCAAGGCGUCAUUCUCCCGUAUCGCCCUAUCCAGUGGUUGGUGUCGUUACACAACUACGGCGACGGGCAAGACUUGUGUGCGUGGGUUAAGUGGGGAGGCGGUUAAAAGUUAAACGUUUCUUGUGGUUUAUGUCUCGUCAGUAUCUAGUCAGUAACACUGUGAUAAGUUUACCCAUGGCCUAAAUGUAAUAGACUGGGACUCUACUUUGAACCUUGACAAUGUAAAUCAAAAUAUUAAAAUGUUUGUCACUA